AUGAAUGAAUUAGAAUCAGAAACUCUUGCUGCCACUACUUGUGUUAUCUGUUGUAUUCUUGAAAACUAUCAAACUGAAGGUGGUAUUACUGUCCCAGAACCACUUAGACCAUUUUUAGGUAAUUGUUUUAAAUAUACAUUUAAAAAAAGAAAAAAACAUAUUAAUUUUAUUAAAUUCUCUAUCAUAUUAACAGGCAAAGACUUUAUUCCAUUCGUCAAAUCAAAAACAAAGCAAAAGAAAUAA